AUGAAGCUAGUUUUUGCUUGCUUGCUAGUUUGUGCUUUGUGUUUUCAAGCUGGAACGUUGGCUAUUGAUUUUUACUACCUCACUAUAGAAUGGCCGAAGUCCUUCUGCAACUCAGGAGCUCGCAUAAGUUGCACAAAUGUUCCAAACCACUUCACUAUCCAUGGCUUAUGGCAAGAGAUGAACAAUGGCGCCCCAAUCCCUCCUCCUCCUGUCAAACAACCAUUCGACAAUGUUCAAGUGAAAAGUGACCCAGCUCUCUACCAAACAAUGCAACAAAUUUGGCCUGGAUUAACAGUCACAAUGCCUAACGAGAUAUUCUGGAAGCACGAAUGGGAUCAACAUGGAGCCUUUACCAGUUUCACUCAACAUGAUUACCUUAAAAUAGCUGUUGAUAGGGCCAAUGAUCUCGGAGUUCUCCAGCUGGUUCAGGAGCUCAAUCAUGCAGCUGGGAUUAGUAUUGGUAAGAAAUAUACAGUUCAGUACUUCAAGAGUGCCAUACAAGCUGCAGUGGGCUUGAAACUCGGCCGGCCACUGGAAAUGCACAUUAUAUGCAACUUCGACUUGAGUGGACAGAACAAGGUGGCUCAGAUACAUGAGAUAUGGUUCUGUACCGACAACACUGGACUUCAAUUCAUAAACUGUACAUCGAAGAGUAGUAUUCGGCCAUGUGGUCCUAAGGGCGUGUAUGCUCUUCCUCUUCCAUGA